AUGCAACGAGAAUAUAAAACAACAUUUUUAGAUAUAACCGCUGAUGAUAUUAAAGAUUUCCGAACAAUUCGUCAUCAUUUUGAUAAUCCUUUUUCGCCUGAAGAGGUAACUAAUUUUUUAUCCGAUUAUGAAAUUAAUCUUAAAAUUCAACAAGAAAAAUAUUUACAUAUAAAUAAAGAAAAAGAAUUUCUUGAAAAAAAUAUUGAAGAAAUAAAACAAUCAAAAUUAUUUAAUACAACAAUUUACCCAUUAGAACCAUCAAUCUCUUUUCCAUAUCAAUCAUUUUUUAAUAUACGUCAUUGGCGUAAAGCACCAAAAACUUUAAAAAUAUUCUUUCAAGCUUUAUCUUGUUUCUUUGCAAUAACAAAUAAUUAUUUUUUAAUUGAAUUAAAAACAAAAUAUAAUUUUAUUGAAAAAUUACAAAUUUAUCAACCAUCUUCCAUUGUUAUAAAUGAAUUUCGAAUAAAAUAUUCGAAUUUAAAAGAAAUUUCACCAGAUUAUAUUCGAAAUAAAAGUUUCGAUGCUUAUAAUAUUUCAAUAUGGUUACAAAAUUUCAUAGAAAAUGAUCGCUUAUUUCGAUUUCAACAAUCACAAAUCGACGAUAAAAAACAAUUAGAACAUCGACUAAAUCAAUUUCAUAUAAAUCUUACUAAUAAACAAAAAGAAUUACAAUCAACUUUGAAUAUCUUUUAUUAUGAUGAUUUUAAAAGAAUUAUUUUAGGUUUUCAUGAAGCGAUUUCAAUUUUACCAAAAGAACAAAUUAAUGAAUUUGAUCUAUCGAAAUUAUAUCAACAAUUGAGUGAAGCAUUUUAUGCAUAUGAAUCUUAUCUAACAAAUUUUGUAUUUGAUCGAGAUAUGUCGAAUAUAAUUUAUUCACUUGGAUUUAUACCAUCUUUACAUGAAAUGAAUCAAAUAAUACUUGCUAUGCGUUAUCAUCCACAAUCACGCACUUCUGAACGAGAAGAAAUCGAUGUUGAUCAUCAUUUAAUACAUAUAUCAGAUUUUAUUGAUAUAAUUCUACCAAAAUUAGUUAAUAAAGAAUAUCAACCAGUUGAUGAACAAUAUUUAUUAUUAUGUUUUAAAAAACUUGAUCAAAAUAAUAAAAAUUAUUUACAUAAAAAUUUAUUUAUUCAAACAAUGUCGACAAUGGAAGAUGCUUUAGAUGAACAUGAAUCGAAUGAUUUAUUAGAUUUUUUAACGAAAAAUAAUAGUUUAACAAUCGAAAAUUUACAAGACUUUUUUUCUUAUAAACGAUAUAUUAAACAUUUAUUACCACAAAGACAUCUUAUUUAUCUUGGUCUUGAUGUAAAAAAAUAA